AUGGUCGACGGGUACUCCAAGUUCGUGGAGGCCGGCCGGAUCAUCGCAUCUAACUUGUUCCUCGCCGGAGGGCACGACAUGUUUAUCGAGGUCGAGGGCAUCCCAUGCCGCCAAGUGAAGGAGGUGAUUACCGUCAACCUUUGUCUCGGUUGCCCUGCUGAUGAAGUGAAGGCAAUGUGCAAGUUGACCCUGCUCAGCCGUGCUGGAGGGAUCAUCUCCUCGACCCAAAGAUUCUAUACCUUCUCAGAAACAGACUACUACAACAAGACGGAGGAGAUGAACAUCUCAGCUCUGCUCGAGGACAGCUUCCAGAUCAGGUGCGAAGUCACCGUCGUCAAGGAGAUAACCGAGGCGCGGCCGCCGGACCUGCCCCGGCACCUCGGCGGCCUCCUGGCGAGCCAGGUCGCGGCGGACGCGACGUUCCAGGUCGGCGGCGAGCUCUUCGCCGCGCACCGGUGCGUGCUCGCCGUCCGCUCCGCGGUCUUCAUGGCCGAGCUCUUCGGCCCGGGGAAGGUGGAGAUUGCCGCCGCCGCGGCCCCCGUGCGGAUCGAUGACGUGGAGCCGAGGGUGUUCCAGGCCUUGCUGCACUUCGUCUAUACCGACUCCUUUCCUGAGGAAGAGGGUGGUCGCUUCUGCGUUGACGAAGACGACUACGACUACGACGACAAGGUAGCCAUGGCGCGGGGUCUGCUCGCGGCGGCGGAUAGGUUCGGCGUGGAGAGGCUCAAGCUGACCUGCGGCGACGUGCUGUGCAACUACAUCGACGCGCGCACGGCCAUGGACCUGCGUUCUAUCCUAUAUUCUCAGUAUUACGGUUGA